GUCGGUCACGUGAUAAGCGCCCCGCGGUCAUGUGACACCGUGACGUUGCGCCGUCCCUCUGAACUUCUGCUCCCAACAUGCUUCCUCCUCUGUCUUCGUGCGCCCUCCUCUUGAAAGUUUAAAACACAGAGUCUCUGAGGAAAGCCGUGAGAGAUGAAUAGUGAAAACUUCUCCCUGAGCGAGGCGAUAGUGUCGCCUUCCUACGUUCGAAAAGGCUCUCAGGCGCGUCGCGGCCACGAGCAGCUGAUCAGGCACCUGCUGGAGCAGGGAAAAUGUCCAGAGGAAGGGUGGAGCGAGAGCACCGUGGAGCUCUUCCUGAACGAGCUGGCCGUCAUGGACAGCAACAACUUCCUCGGGAACUGUGGGGUAGGAGAGCGGGAAGGCCGGGUGGCGUCCAGCCUCGUGGCAAGACGACACUACAGGUUGAUCCAUGGCAUCGGCCGCUCAGGAGACAUCGCUGCCAUUCAGCCUAAAGCGGCAGGAUCCAGUCUGCUUAACAAGCUGACCAACUCGGUAGUGCUGGACAUCUUAAAGCUUGCAGGUGUGCGGAGUGUGGCGAGCUGCUUCGUGGUUCCCAUGGCAACAGGAAUGAGCCUGACUCUGUGCUUCCUGACCCUCCGUCACAGGAGGCCGAGGGCUCGCUACAUCAUCUGGCCUCGCAUCGACCAGAAGUCCUGUUUCAAAUCCAUGAUCACAGCAGGCUUUGAACCUGUCGUCGUGGAGAAUGUCAUCGAGGGGGACGAGUUGCGCACGGACUUGGAAGCGGUUGAAAGCAAGAUCAAAGAGCUGGGAGCUGAGAACGUUGUGUGUGUUCAUUCAACGACAUCCUGCUUUGCCCCGCGGGUCCCUGACAGGCUGGAGGAGCUGGCCGCUAUGUGUGCCAAAUACAACAUUCCCCAUAUAGUGAACAAUGCAUACGGAGUACAGUCCUCAAAAUGCAUGCACCUCAUCCAGCAGGGGGCUCGUGUGGGAAGAAUCGACGCCUUUGUACAGAGCUUGGACAAGAACUUCAUGGUUCCUGUAGGUGGCGCCAUAAUUGCAGGUUUUGAUGAGUCCUUCAUACAAGAGAUAAGCAAGAUGUAUCCAGGUCGAGCGUCGGCUUCACCUUCCCUCGACGUCCUCAUAACCCUUCUCACUCUGGGAGCCAGGGGCUAUAAGAAAUACCUCUCGGAAAGAAAGGAGAUUUAUUCGUUCUUGGCUCAGGAGCUGAAGAGUCUGGCUUCUGCGCACGGGGAGAGGUUGCUUCACACCCCGCAUAACCCCAUUUCACUGGCCAUGUCUCUAGACGGCCUCCAGGCCAAGAGCGACAAGGCGGUGACGCAGCUCGGCUCCAUGCUGUUCACCCGGCAAGUGUCUGGAGCCAGGGUCAUACCACUGGGCAAGGAGCAGACCGUAAACGGACACACGUUUCGCGGGUUCAUGUCGCACUCGGAGUCGUACCCGUGCCCUUACCUCAACGCUGCCUCGGCCGUGGGGAUCACCCGAGAAGACGUGACGCUGUGCAUGAAGAGACUCGACAAGUGCCUGAAGGCGCUGAAGAAAGAGGGGGACGCAGCGCUAGGCGCUCUCCCAGCGGCUCCGUCGAGUCCGGAGGUCGCGGCCGGCGAGCGGCCGAGCUGAAAUGUGAAACUUUGACUGUGUGCAACCGGCACCAACUGAUUUGUUUGUGUGUGCCGCUCAGGGUGCGUCCCUGAUCUAAAGUAAGACCAAAGACUGUCACUGACUGCGUAUGUUGAAAAAGUUGAAUGUGUUUGCGCUCAAAACACAUCAUGGAUGGAUAGUUUUCUUAAUUAAAACCAUCUAAAACCUUCA